UUUGUUUGGACACACAGAGGGGACCGAGCGUGACUGUCAAAUCUACAUAUUCUUUCUCUCUUUCUUUUUUUCUCUCUCCAUCUUUCUCUGUUUCUCUCUAAAAUUAUCGUAAUUCUGCGCAGAGCUCCCUCCGGAGAUUCGAUUCGCAAUCGCCGAUCUGUUUCCUCGGCUUCCUCUCUUAAAUCUUUGUCUUCUCUCGCAGGAUCUAAUGUUCCAGAUUUUGAAGUAGCAGGAAGCUUGUUGCCUCAUCUUCUCUGCAUCAUUGACUGGUUUUUUGGGGUCUUUGGGAUUCUUCCUUGAAACUGAGUUUUAGAUCCCACUGUAAAGAAAAGGUUAGAACCCAUGAAGUCAUGAUUUCUACUCAGAACUUGUCUCAUUUGGCACAAAAUGCCUCAGGGAAUUUCAAAAUUUUGUCUGGGGUAUUGGAUUGUGUCUGGUUCUGAUUUGAUAGACUUUUUCUGACUCAACAAAGAAAGAUUAUAUGGAGGGUGACUCAUUCUCAGGGCUUGCCAAUGGUAUGGGUACCCAGAUUGAUGGCAAGGUCCUUCAGACAUUCCAAAAGAAUUUUGUUCAAGUCCAAAACAUUUUGGAUCAGAAUAGGCUGCUCAUCAAUGAAAUAAACCAGAACCAUGAAUCCAAGAUCCCUGACAACCUCAGCAGAAAUGUGGGUCUGAUCAGGGAGCUCAAUAAUAACAUCAGGAGAGUGGUUGACCUGUAUUCUGACCUAUCCAGCUCCUUCACCAAGUCCAUGGAUGGUUCUUCUGAGGGUGAUUCUAGUGGUGCUUUGAGAUCUGAUGGAAAAGGAGGCCACAAGAGAAAUAGGCCUGCAUAGAGAGACUUUCUGGUUCUUGAUUCUUUAUCAUGGUGGAAAGUAAAGGUUUUACAGAUGUGUUGAGGUAGAGUUGAACAUUAUUAGAUUCUGAGACCUUUUUUUGUAUCUUGUGAGUACUUUCUGUAGUUUGCUUACUCCCUACCAUUUCUUAGCGAAAUAAUCCCCAAAAUUUGCAAUCUCAUUGUAUGCCUGUACAACUGUGGAUCUAAUUGAAACCAAGCAUGUCUGUCUCAUCUGUUCAUUCCUUUCUGCUCCUGUUCUUCAUAAUGACUAAUGGAUAAUAAAAGUUCAAUUUUAUCCUCUUUC